GGGGCGGAAGAAAGCAGUGUGCCUUUGGAUGGGGGAAGGGGCGUCUCGGCCCUCGGGGAGAGCCUGGCUCCAGCUCCGACUCCCACCCGAUCUCCGCCGCAGACGUGCCUCCAGGGUUUCGGGUGCGACCGUCCUGGUCGUUCCUGGCGGAAGUGUUCAGCGAGGGAAAGAGAGUGACUGCUCCGUGGGUCUAAAGCUCCCGGUCUUUUGUGGCAGCUCCUACGAUUCACUCCCAUGCUCUCCUUCCCUCCUUUUUGCUGUUUCCCUCCGCCCUUUCGGUCUCUCGGCGCUGGAGGAGUUAACCCGACGCCAGCUUAGGCUCCUUAGCCUCGUGGCUACCUUGUUCUCAGCCUCCUUCUCGGGGUCUUCGUCGUCUCGGGCUGAGAGACCACGAGACUACCGGGCACAAAGUAGGCGUUCUUUUUUAGUGAAUCGACUCCAGAGAUCUUUAAGACGUUACCAAGCUUUAUUAAAACAGCCUCGCCCCCCCCCCCCCCCCCCGGUCCCCUACCCCCACCCCUCGCAUCACCUUUGAGCGUUUCCACCUUCAUCACUCUAUUUGCAUGCUCUUGAGUAAACAGGAGGUCAGGAUAAUUUUAACUCCGGCAAGUCUGGCUUCCUGUGACUGGGCGAACCUGCGUUAUCAAUUGCUCGUGCCCUAAUUUUUUUAUUUUAAAACCCCUUUGAUCCUGUUAUGAAAGCAAUGCUCUGCCCGAAACUGACAAGGAGGAGACUUUUCUCACUUGAGCUCCAGGGCUAACCCAGACUUUCGUUUUCCCUUAGACUUCGCAUGGUUCCCCUUAGUUGUCAUCAAACAUGCACGAUCGUUGUUGAGAGAGCAAGUAACUGAUAGGUAAUUAAGGUGAAAUGGUAUCGGUCAGAAAUCACUGCCCGGAAGGAAUUUGUGAUAUGGUGCGGGUUCAUUCCUUUCAGUACACAUUUAUAUUGCUUUGAGCGCUGUGCUUGGUAUUGGAGGUAAAAAGAUUCACUUUUACUCUUCCGUGCAUUUAAUACCCAUUCGACAUAUAUUCUUUGUGUCCAGUUGUGCUAGCUAAAAAUAAAUAACAUUGCCUGGAGACACCAGAAUAGCUUUAUAAAGGAAUAAGUUUUGAGCUGGGUCAUGAAAGGUCAAAAGGAAUGUACUAAGCUCAGGAGAAGGUCAUCCCUGAUGCAGUACAGGGAUGCAGAGACUUGAGAAGUUUUGGCAUGCUUAGGGAGAGUGGGAGAAUGAAUGCACUUCAGCAUUGCAGUGUAAGGGUGGUUGGUGAAGAAAGAGGGAGACUGAAGUAAAUUUGUGACGGACCUUGCUUUCCAAGGAAGAUAUUUAGAUUUUAUUCAGUAUUUAGCCGGAAGUCAAUGACUAUUUGCACAAGGAAGGGGCUUGAGGAUAUUUGUUUUUUUAAGGUGGUCUCUCUGAUAACUGUGUGGAAGAUCAACUUGGAACAGGAAAACUACAUGAGAGGAAAUUGCAGUCAUUCAGAUUUAUAAAGAACUAUUCCUUUGAAUUCAUAGUGUUUCAUCCUAUAUACGACUGAGAUACCAAAUCUUUUGGAUUGUUGUUAUUGGACCAAAAGAAAUGACAUCUAUUAUCAAAUUAACUACCCUUUCUGGGGUCCAAGAAGAGUCUGCUCUUUGCUAUCUUCUCCAAGUCGAUGAGUUCAGAUUUCUAUUGGACUGUGGCUGGGAUGAGCACUUUUCUAUGGAUAUUAUAGAUUCCCUGAGGAAGCAUGUUCACCAGAUCGAUGCGGUACUGUUGUCUCACCCCGAUCCUCUCCAUCUUGGUGCCCUCCCUUAUGCUGUCGGAAAGUUGGGUCUGAACUGUGCUAUCUAUGCAACCAUUCCUGUUUAUAAAAUGGGACAGAUGUUCAUGUAUGACCUUUAUCAGUCCCGACACAAUACAGAAGAUUUUACACUCUUUACACUAGAUGAUGUGGAUGCAGCCUUUGAUAAAAUACAGCAGUUAAAAUUCUCUCAGAUUGUGAAUUUGAAAGGUAAAGGACAUGGCUUGUCUAUCACACCUCUGCCCGCUGGUCAUAUGAUAGGUGGAACAAUAUGGAAAAUAGUCAAAGAUGGAGAAGAAGAAAUUGUUUAUGCAGUUGACUUCAACCACAAGAGGGAGAUCCACUUAAAUGGAUGUUCCCUGGAAAUGCUAAGCAGACCCUCCCUACUUAUCACAGAUUCAUUUAAUGCUACGUAUGUGCAGCCCAGGAGAAAACAAAGAGACGAGCAACUUCUGACAAAUGUCCUGGAAACACUUCGAGGUGAUGGAAAUGUAUUAAUAGCAGUGGACACUGCAGGCAGAGUUUUGGAACUUGCUCAACUCCUUGAUCAGAUUUGGAGAACUAAAGAUGCAGGAUUGGGUGUUUACUCGCUGGCACUCUUAAAUAAUGUCAGUUAUAAUGUGGUGGAGUUUUCUAAGUCCCAGGUAGAAUGGAUGAGUGAUAAAUUGAUGAGAUGUUUUGAAGACAAAAGAAAUAAUCCAUUUCAGUUUCGUCAUCUCUCUCUCUGUCAUGGUCUUUCUGACCUGGCUCGAGUACCUAGCCCUAAAGUGGUACUUGCCAGCCAGCCCGACCUGGAAUGUGGAUUUUCAAGGGAUCUCUUUAUUCAGUGGUGCCAGGACCCUAAAAACUCGAUCAUCCUAACUUACAGAACUACUCCUGGGACUUUAGCACGUUUCCUAAUUGAUAACCCUUCUGAAAAAGUUACAGAAAUAGAGUUGAGGAAACGUGUGAAACUUGAAGGGAAAGAACUUGAAGAAUACUUGGAAAAAGAGAAACUAAAGAAAGAAGCUGCUAAAAAACUUGAGCAGUCAAAAGAAGCAGACAUAGAUUCCAGUGAUGAGAGUGACGUUGAGGAAGACAUUGACCAGCCAUCAGCUCAUAAGACUAAGCAUGACCUGAUGAUGAAAGGUGAAGGUAGUCGUAAAGGAAGUUUCUUCAAACAGGCGAAAAAGUCUUAUCCUAUGUUUCCUGCCCCAGAAGAAAGAAUUAAAUGGGAUGAAUAUGGAGAAAUUAUCAAACCAGAGGAUUUCUUAGUGCCAGAACUUCAAGCUACUGAAGAAGAAAAAAGCAAAUUAGAGUCUGGCCUGACAAAUGGAGAUGAACCCAUGGAUCAGGAUUUAUCUGAUGUUCCUACUAAGUGUAUUUCUACAACAGAAUCUAUUGAAAUAAAAGCCAGAGUUACUUACAUAGACUAUGAAGGACGCUCCGAUGGGGAUUCCAUUAAAAAAAUCAUCAAUCAGAUGAAACCACGACAGUUGAUCAUUGUCCAUGGACCACCAGAGGCCAGUCAGGAUCUUGCAGAGUGCUGCCGUGCAUUUGGUGGGAAAGAUAUUAAAGUGUACAUGCCAAAGCUGCAUGAAACAGUCGAUGCCACUAGUGAAACUCAUAUCUACCAGGUGAGAUUAAAAGAUUCACUUGUUAGUUCCCUUCAGUUUUGUAAGGCAAAAGAUGCUGAAUUAGCUUGGAUAGAUGGUGUCUUAGACAUGAGAGUUUCCAAAGUGGACACUGGAGUUAUUUUAGAAGAAGGAGAACUAAAGGAUGAUGGAGAAGACUCAGAAAUGCAAGUGGAUGCUCCUUCAGAUUCUAGCUCAAUAGCACAGCAGAAGGCCAUGAAAAGUCUGUUUGGAGACGAUGAGAAAGAAACAGGUGAAGAAAGUGAAAUCAUUCCUACUUUGGAACCCUUACCACCUCAUGAGGUUCCUGGACAUCAGUCAGUUUUUAUGAACGAGCCAAGACUGUCGGACUUCAAACAAGUUCUUUUACGGGAAGGGAUCCAAGCUGAAUUUGUAGGAGGUGUACUUGUUUGCAACAAUCAAGUAGCAGUCCGUAGAACGGAAACUGGACGCAUUGGAUUAGAAGGCUGCCUUUGUCAAGAUUUUUAUAGGAUAAGAGACCUUUUAUAUGAACAGUAUGCCAUUGUGUAAAGGACAUGAUGUCAAGAAGUAUCUGUUUGACCUUUCUAAGAAAAAAGGAUUCUUAUUCUAAGCUUUUGCUUUUUCAUUUUGUAACAUUCAAAAAGAAUCUGCCAGAGAAACUUAACAUGCAUUAGAUUUUUAAGAAUGUAAAUAGAAACCAUAUUGCUAAUGCUCAAGUGAGCAUGCUACCUUUUGGCUUUCAGAGUGAUAGAGAUCCUUACAAAUGUGCAGGCCCUGGAGUUGAAGGUGAUUGGCUUCCUUUACAGACCCCUUAUUCUAGAAGGGCUUUUUACUUGAAUAAAACAAUGCAACUUAGCAAACCAGUUCAUGGCCUUAGAGAAACAUGUUUGCAUGAAUUCUUGCAAACUGUUUCUUACAUUUUCUGGAAUGAAAAGUGAGAAUUUAUUUUAAAAAGAUGCUGUAAAAAAAACCUGAUAAAACAGUUUUUUGAGGCCUAUGUAUUUAAAAAACAGAGAGUGUGUGUUGUAACUCCUGAGUUCCUAUAUGCAGUUUUCUUCACAUGGAGCUUAACUGCUCCAUGCCUACGUUUCCUAGUGAUUCACUCUGCCGUGAGAUGGUACACAUUUGGUUCAGAAACCAGUUUUUAUUUCUCCCAUUUCUCGUUUUAUCAAGAUUUUGUUGUUGUUGUUCAGUUUGAAUCAUAACAGCAUCAUUUGAAUAUACAGAAUUCAGAAAAUCUCCUUGAUAUGUUCCAGUCUUAAAGGUCCUGCAUACAUUUUAAAUACAUGUUAACCAUCAGCUAGGUUACUGUACUGGAGACUGUUUAGUGCUUUGCUUUUAGGGAAACAAAUGUUGACCCUCACAUUUUUAUAAGGUAACAGUAUAGUUAAAAGGUGUAAAUGUUUUCAUCUCUUAGGCUUGCUUUCUCCUAAGGCUGCCCAGGCAGUGGUUGGAUUUUAUAUACAUUACUACAGAAAUAAUACUGAAGUUGGAUAAGGCCAUUCUUUCUAUGUUCAUGUCUUUCUUGGGUGUAGCAGCCCUGAUAUGGUAUAAACCACUUGUGAUAAGAGUAAAAACAGUAUAUGCAAUUUUCAUUGAACUUAAAAAUGAAAAUCAUGUCACCCUCUUGUAAUCUGUUGGUGCUUUUUUAGAAUGUGGCUUAAUCAUGACAGACCUUGAUGUUUAUUUCUUAUCUAUUUAAGCCCUCCUCUUUACACUUAAGCAUUUUUAGAAGGAUCAGACUUCUUAUUUAACUUAUAUGGAACAACCCAGUGAUAUCAGAUAAGAAUUAAUAUUUCACUCUAUUUCAGAUGCUUACAAAGCUUUUACUGUGAGUUAGAUUGUUAAUGCAAAGCUUACAGCCUUCUGGUACUGAAAACCAGGUACACAAAACAAUGUUACAGAAGAUGAAGAUAAAGAGUAUGUUUUCUUUGUAGAGCUUUGAAAAAAAAUCACUUAAAUUCUUACUACUGAAUGGAGUAAGCCUAAAAUCCUAUUUAUAUUCCAGGGAAAAGAAAGUCUGCGUUUGUUUCAUGGCUUAAAGGAUCUGGUUAUACAUAUCACAUUGCAAUACUGAUAUUGAAAAAUUGUCUUUUGCCUAGCAUUUUUAUUUUCCUAUGAACAGGAAUUCAAUUUUAAAGUACUACUUGAAGAUGGCUGUGCUAACUAACAUCAGUACAGGGGCAGUAUUUUUACGUGUUUCUAGAUGACAAUAUUACUAACAUUUCUAAAAUGAAGGUGUUUGUUUAGUCUCAGUUACUUAAGAAAAAUAUAAAUUUUAAAAAGGACUCUGAGAUAAAUCAUGAACUCAGAGGAACUUUCAAAUCGUCAUUGUCUGUCAGAAGCAGAAUAAAUACAAUGGACCAUCAGCUGGUAUCUAUAAAUAAUUUGGUUGAAAAGAAAUGCUAUUGUAGUAUUUGUUGCAGUGAGAUUAUAAAUGUCAAGUAUCACUGCAAACUUUCCAUAUUUUCAUGAAUCGGUAGGUGGCCUGAAGCAGAAGUGAGGGAAGCAGUUUUCUAAGGAGGGCCUUUUCCUUUUCAAAAAAAUUUGAGAUACGAGUCACAUACCUUUAAAAUUUCCUCUCCUGAAGUUGCAUUUUUUUUUUUUUAGUAUAUUUACAGAGCUGUGCAACCAUUACCACCAUCUAAUUCCAGAACACUUCAUCACCCCAAAAAGAAACUCCAUACCCAUUAGCAGUCACUCCCCAUUCUCGCUUCACAGCCCCGGGCAACCAGUAACCUAUUUUUUGUCUCUGUGAAUUUACCUAUUCUGGAUUGUUCAUAAAAAUGGAAUCAUA